AUGGGCUUGGAAAACAUGCGUCGUUGGCCGAUGUAUAUCGUAUUCGCCGUAUGUUUUUUACUUACCCUUUCACUAUUCAAUAGUUGGAGUAUGGAGACCGAAUUACGAAACAAGUUAGCCGAGUUAAGUAUUCAGUUGCAAGAAUGUUCAAAACAGCAGACAACAUGCAUGGAAGAUUCGCUGCGACAUAUACAACAGCGCGAUAGUUUCAACACGAAAAUAAACGAGUUAGAAAAUCAAAAAAUACAAUUAACAAAUGAUUUAUCGGAGUACAAGGAGAAAGCGUCGAAAUCUGACAAUAAAGUAAACCGGACCUUGGUUGAUGUUGAAUUGUGUAAAACAGAAUUACAAUCAUUACAAAACCUUCAACUGAGUAAGUCCGCAACUUUAGAAACUUUGCGUCUAGAAAAAGAGACGUUGACAAGUCAGUUAGAUGAACGUAAACAAAAGAUUGAAGAAUUAGAGAAGGAGAUUUCAAGGCUUAAGUCAUCCUUGACCACAAAAAGUGCUCCAAAUCCCCCUGCACCAUCCAAAGUGACCCCAGCUGCACAGCCACCUAAGUUAAGUUCAUCUCUUAAUGCCCUCCAUCCUGUCAAUGAACCAGUCCUCGAAGACAAUAAUGCAAAGGAGGAAAUUGAAGACACAAAUGCCUUACUUGAUGGUAAUGAUUUUGAUCAACCAUUGUAA